GGUCAUGGCCCGCCUGCGCGUCAAUACGUUGGUCACCGAAGGGCCAUGCUUGCCGUCAGCGGCGAGAAAACAUUCCGAGUACGCCAGACACAUGGUAGCGCAUUUUGCCGACGGCAAGAUCAGCCACCUCUACGACAUCUCGGACGCCGACGAGAAGCAGAACCUGUCCCAGCGCAUCGUGCCGCUGCCCAGCCCGCGCCCGCCGCCGCCGCCGCCGCGGACGUCGGUCGACUUGCGGCGUUUCUACGCCGACUACAUCAGCUGCAUCAACGACGGGAGAAUCGCGGAGGAGCUGCACCGGUUCUGCAGCCCUUCCGGGGUCGUGUGGAACGGCACUCAUUACACGGUCCAACAGUACGGUGAAAUGAUUCAGAGCAGCAGGGAAGCCAUCUCGGGGCUCUUCUUCGACACCCACACGCUGGUCGUCGACGGGAGCCGGCAGCAGCUGGCUGCGCGGCUCGAGUUUACGGGCACUCCGGUCAAACCGUUGGCCGGGGGCGUCCCGAACGGGCGGCCGGUGGCGUUUGCCGAGCACGUCUUCUAUUGGCUGGAGGGGGGCAAGAUAUCCGAUGUUCUAACAAUCGUCGACUGGGAUGACUACAGGUCGCAACUUGCUCGCUGAUGGUGGAUGAUUUCUCUUUUCAAUUUGGUUGAGGAGUGGGACUCUUGGCGGACGAGCUGGCCGUUAUUAAUUACUAAUUACUGUAUCCAGCGAUCCGCCAGAUAACCCGUCACGAAGGCGAACACGGUCUUGUGCAGCAAGUCGACCACCUGCUACCUGCUCGCCGACGGGCCACGUCCUUCGUCGCUUGCGUGUUAGACCUUUGGUAUGAAACUACUGUCGCAUCGCCAUCGGCGCGGGCCACUCACCAAGGGGGCGCGCCCACGCCGGUCCAGUU